AUAAUCGUCAGUUGUCAGCGUCACGUUGGAGGAGAAGGACGUAGUGAGUCGUCGCUUUAGUUAGCCAGAAUCUUGUGUGGGGGGAGAGUAGAAUGUUUUUAUUUGUUGUCUGGACCAAAACACCUUGUGGGAGACUGUGUGACUCUUACGAGGGUCUGAACACCCAUGUGGACUUUGCAUCUCAGAACCCGAUGUAAAAACUGCUGAAUAUUGUGCAACACAUACCUAAACAUUGUAGAGGACAGCGUGAGCCAGCUACUUGGAUUUAAACAUCGCUGAGGACAGUAUAUUUCAGCAUCAGGCGAGUGGCAGAUGAUGGAGCAGCAAGCACUAGGCUGCGUGAGGCCAGCAGACAGUUAUCAACAAGAGCAGCAGACGACGAUGCUCUACGCCACACCAGCCUCACGACCUGUGGCCACUGACAGAAACUUCACCAGGGCAAAGGAGAAGAGAAAAACCAGUCGAGGAAGAACAGACGAUGCCCAGCCCCUCAGCAAGAGCAUGAUCGGCCCACCUAUUGACUUCCAACAUGUUAGUCACGUUAAUUUUGAUACCGCCUCAUCCUCCCCCCCGACCAACACCCCAUUCAGUGAGACUAUGCUAGAUCGACGGGAACAAGUGACAGUUGAUCCCCAGAGACAGAAACACAGCACCAACACGACGGAGAAUCACAAUAACCUGAAGAAGACCAAGAAACUCAGCCGACGUGACUCCAGUACUCGACUCCAAGACCAUCCCGCGUCACAAGUUAGGAAGGUCACGAUUGGUCCGCCCACUAACUUCCAGCACGUUACUCAUGUUGGGUUUGAUGACACAGCGACCUCAAAUGUUAUCGAGGAGAGACGCGAGGUACACGACUCGUCCAAACCAACGAGUCUACGUGAGGCGCGAGCACCUGACAUAACGAGUCGUAGCUUUUCCUGUGAUUCUACUGAUGUUGGCCAGCGGGAGGCCCAGUGGGGGUACCAACAAUGGUCCAGACCUGACGGUGAUGAAUACCAGCAGGAGGCUCAGUGGGAGGACCAGCCAUGGUCAAAACCAAACUGUGAUGGUGAUAAACAAAAGGACCAGCGGGAGAGCCGUCGAUGGUCCAGACCUGAUGAGGAGGAGGAACAAUGGGAGGAACAAUCAUGGCCCAAUUUGCCUGACGACCUCUCCUCGUCCAUCCUUCCACCUCCUGCAGGGUUCAGGAAGGAGAUGAUCGGUCCGCCCACCAACUUCCAACAUGUACUUCACGUCGGCCCAGAUGUUGUGGACACUGAACUGGAACUAUUGAUGAAGAUGGCAAAUCUAAAUCAACAAGAUAAAUCCGAUGUGAAGGCUACAGACAGUGUUAUGGCUGGUGUCGAGGAGAGACCGGGAGAGGACACCACACAGCCUCAGCACCUGACCAUCCAGCUCGACGCAGAUGACACUCCCUCCACCACACACAUCCCUACCCCGCCACCCAGGUUCAGGAGGAGCUUAGGUGGGUCCCCGGCCUCUAGCUACCAGCAUGUGAGUCACGUUAGGUUCAGUGACGCUACCACGACCCUGCACCAGGUGAGUCAAGACCAGCAUCACCUCCAACCAACCAGAGAGACACAGACCAAUUCAGAGGAACAGCUGCCUUUCCCAGUGACCGAAAAUGUUAUAUUUGACUAUCCGGACCUCGGGCAGGAGGAGCCCCGGUGGGACAACCAGGAGUGGUCUAGGUCCAGCAGCGACGGAGGUCAGAGGGAAGCCCAUUGGAAGAGCCAGCGAUGGUCCAGGCCUGACUUGCAAGACGAUCUUCCCCCGCCUCUUACCCCGCCACCUGUAGGCCUAAGGAAAGUCAUGAUUGGUCCACCCACCAACUUUCAGCAUGUACGUCAUGUCGACCAGAGCAACGCCAGACAGGAAGCACAGCACCUGACGAAGGCCAGUAGGAACGACCAAUCAGCACCUGACCUCGAGACUUCUAAAUCCAUGCCGAAUUUGAUGGAAAGACGUGAGGGACUGAGGAAAGCGAGGAGCCAACAGGAUGACAGGCACGGUGUCAUAGGCAUUUCCUUUACGACCCGACUGUCAUCACCGCCUCCCCCCAGGAUGAGGAAGGACAUGAUUGGUCCACCCACCAACUUUCAACACGUCACUCAUGUUGGCUUCGAUGACAACACAACAUCCCAGGUGAACCAAGGGAGUCAGCAUCACCGCGACUCGUUCACAGAGAAACAGACUGGCUGGGAUGAAAAACAAAGAACCGAAACUAAGGCUCGAAUCUUUCAUCGUGAUUCAGUGGACAGCGAGGGAGGGCAGCAGCAGAAACAGAGAUGGGAGAAACAGAGAUGGUCCAGCCCUGUCACCCUAGAGGACUCCACCACCCCACCCUGUUCCCCGCCUCCUGUCAUAAGUAAGGAUAUGAUUGGUCCUCCCACCAAUUUCAAACACGUACGUCACCUGGACCCAGACAGUGUCCAGCAGGAGCUACAACACCUGACGAAGGAGGGUGAUGUCAAGGUUAGCAGACGUCCAUCAACACGCCGUGACCAGACAGAACCAUCCCCUCCUACAAGAGUGAGGAAACAUAUGAUUGGGGCGCCUACCAACUUCCAACACGUUGCCCAUGUGGGGAUUAAUGCAUCUUGGCAGGCCAAUAAUAACGACGGCGACCAGCAGCAGGAGGGUUCUACGUCACUGGACACUUCAGCCCAACAUCACACAGUUGACGGGGAGACCUGAAACAACAACCAAUGAAAUUACCGGGAGGCUAUGAGGCUCCCAGUUACCCCUAGUAGGAGGAUCGUCCCCCCCCCCCUCGUCCAUCACCACCACGAGAGGCUCUUCCCGGUCCGGUGAUCUUACUGGGAGUCUAUUGGUGGAUAGUAAGACGCAAUCAACUCCGAUAGUACAAGAGUUGAAGGGGUUAUCGUGGCUUAAUCCUUAUCUUCCAAGAACACUCAUGGAUCACCUGAAGAUUAGACACCCUAGCUUAUUUCACUUGAGGAUUAACCUAACCUAACCAAACCACCCCCAUUCCCUCGUCUCCUUACACUAGGUAUAGAAUUAGGAUGGUAUCAAGUCAGUGUACUCUAGUUAAACUCAGGUGUUUAAUCUACAGGUAAUUCAACAACACUUAAUAAUAAUAAUAAUAAUAAUAAUAAUAAUAAUAAUAAUAAUAAUAAUAAUAAUAAAACACAUUACAUAAUUAAGACUAAAGGAAGUGAAUUAAAGUAUUAUGAAGUUUACUUGUGAUAUACAGUGUAGACAGUACAGUAUAAAUAAAUAAAUAAAUAAAUAUAUUACGUAGAGAUAUGAAGAGAAAGAAUUAUGGCAUUUAUUACGAAAUUAUAUGUGAGUAUGAGAAC